AUGGUCGCCUCACGGGCAAGAAUAGGAAUCCGCCAGUACAUGAAGGACAAACCUGUAAAAUGGGGGUUCAAGCUCUUUGUGCUGGCGGAUUCCUCAUGUGGGUACACCUGGGACUUUUUUGUGUAUAGGGGGAAAGGCCAUAUUGGUUCUGGGAGAGGCCUUAGUUAUGAUGUUGUGAUGGAGCUGGUGUCCUCUCCAGUGUUGGGCACGGGGUACAAGUUGUUUGUCGACAACUUCUAUACAAGCCCAAUGCUUUUCCGUGACCUGCUCGCAGACAAAAAGAUCUGGGCCUGUGGGACCAUCCGGGAGCAGCGGGUGGGCUUCCCCAAACACCGGGCUGGUACCCUGAACAGUCGAGAUCCAAGGGGCACCAUCCGCUGGAUUCGCGAGGGGCCACUGGUGUUUGUCCAGUGGAAGGACACCCGUGUCGUCCAGAUGUGUUCCAGCAUCCACAAGGCCCACAGUGGUGACACAGUACAGCGGAGGGUGAAGACGGAUGGCAGGUGGCGACUGGAGACCUUUCCCAUCCCCCCAGCUGUGCAGGAUUAUAAUCAGAACAUGGGUGGUGUGGACCUUUCCGAUGCCCUGAUAGGGUACUACACAAUUUUACACAAAACCAGGAGGUGCUCCAGGAAGCUGGGCAUGGAGAAAUUAUCCGCCCUCCACAGCCACCACCUGCACCUACAACACCUGCAGUACUACAUAUGCCGUCAUACUUCGGUGCGGAUGGCACACAGGCACGGCGGCACUGUGUCCUCUACAGUGCAGAUUGGUCGCGUACCGCGUCUUCUUGGAGUGGGCACUUCAGGGACAGCAAUUAGGACGCCGUCAGAGACUGGUCCUUCCCAGCUGCGUUGUAAACGCCAUUCGAAAGCAAUACCCGUGUCCCACCGGCACUUACCAUGGGCUCCAGGAAGCUGA